AUGCAAAUCUCACUCGAGCCGGUCCAAACGCUCAGAUGUCAUGAUCCCCUCGUCGUCGAAGCCGGCCCCAUUGGGGUCGGCCUGCACUCUCUUGGCGCAACAAGACCACGUCUCAGCAUGGCCAAGGCGGCGCUGUCUAGACGCAAGAGCUCAGACUUCCUCCUCGAGGCGCCUCAUCGGCACCGUCUCAAGAGCACCACACGCAAACCCCCUCCUACUACUGUCCUCUCAUCAUCAUCAUCACCAACCCUCAAAGAACGCCCCAGGCCGGACGAGCUCGUGCGGUUCGCCAUCGUAGACCGCAGCAAGCUCGCCGCCUUUGAAUUCUCCCUCGACACCGCCGCCCAACGGGGGUCCCGUCGCGGCGUCAAGCGCUGCCGCCUCGGCUCCGACGUCGAGGGCCCCAACACGGCCUCCGUCGGCCGCAAGAAGCGCCGCCUGCGGAGCCGCCUCAUCACCAGCCGCCUGUCCCAGCCCUUCUCCCAGCCCGCGACGCACAUCCUCAACCGCGAGGGCCGGCAGGUCGGCGACAGGCGCUUCGUCAAGAUGGCCGUCAUGCUCGACUCCAGCCGGCGGGCCGCGUAUCUGCGGGCCACGGCGUACCUGCGGUACUCCAUCAUGAACCGCAUGCGCAAGCGGAUGGGCCUCCAGCGGUAUUAUUGCCAGGCCUCCUCGGCAAAAGAGGGCCACGACGUGGACGGCAGCGGCAACACGGUGCAGCAGGGCAUCGACACCUUCACUAGGGCGCCAUGGCAGCAGUCUCAGUCUCAACAAGCCGUGAAAACGGCCCCCGAGGCGAGAUUCAGCUUUCCCGAGGCGCGCAAAGGCGCAGCAGCAGCACCGCCAGCGCCUCAAGAACCCGUCCAGUCUGUCGAGACACUGGCCAAAGCACCGGCAUGCCGCUUAUCAAAACCCAUAGCUCUGCCGCUGCCCUCGGCGGACGCCGAUGCCACGAAUGAUCGCACCUCGGCCCGCAUCGACUCGACCACGUCGCCGGAGCCGAGGCCGCCGCUCGCGUGGAUGUACGACGACUGCGAGGAGGACAGCUUCGCCUUUCUCCAUGCAGACGAGGAGCACCUGGAUGACGACGACGACGACGACAGCGGUGACGUGUACUGCAAUUUCGAUGCCAUUUUUGCGGCAAAGGCCACCUCGCCGGAUCCGCAGACGCCCGCAGAGGAGCACACGUAUGAAGAGUACAUGGACGAGCUGGACGGCAUUUCUUGGAGGAUUGGGUGA